AGAUGUAUAAUCCACUCAAAUCUCUUUUGAUUUGUAAAUGAAGAGAAUUUCGUAAUGAUGCAUAAAUUGUAACCAAUGAUUUAUUAAUUAGAAAGAAAUAAUUUUCAAUAUAAAUAAUAUUCAUUAUAUUCUGGAAUAUAAUUCAAUUAUUGUUGAAUGAAUAUCAUCUAAUCUUUGGAAGAUUGAAUAAUUUUAUAUAAUGCCAGGAGAAAAUUCUCGUGCUGUAAUUGAUAAAUCAGAUAUGUUACCAGAAAUGGAAGAGGAUGCUGUUUAUGUAGCAUCAAAUGCAAUGGAUAAGCAUAAUGUAGAUAUGCAUAUUGCAAGUUAUAUUAAAAGCGAAUUUGAUCGUAAAUACAAACCAACAUGGAAUUGUAUUGUUGGUAGAAAUUUUGGAAGCUUUAUACACCAUGAAAAAGGAGGAUUUGUGAGCUUUCGUUUAAACGGAUUAAAUAUUCUACUCUUUAAAUUGGGAUAAAUUCAAAUUUAUACUUCAUAUGAACUGAAUAUUAUGUAAUAUACCAAACAGUUGGUGUAGUUAACUGUUGUUUUAUGUUUUUUUUGGAAGAAAGAAU